CUCCAAAUCUCAGCAGAAUGGGUGCUCAGCUUUCCGCUCAUCUCGAGAUGGCCAACAAGACUGGCGUUUUCACGCUCCAAGACAAGGGGAUAUUAAAGGUUCCACCGGAAGUCGAGCGACUCCAAGCCAAGCUCCGCACUAUCGAUGUCUCUGGCAAUCGCUUGACUGCACUGCCUGACUUUCUGGGCGGCUUCACAGUCCUGCGCCAAGUGACGCUCGACCGAAACCGCUUUGCGGAAUUUCCAAUCUGCCUCACCAAGAUGCCUCGGUUGGAGGUUUUAUCGAUUGAAUCGUGUGGAUUGAAGGUCUUGCCGGAAGCGAUUGGAGACUGCCCGUCGCUCAAGCGGUUGGUGCUGGAUGGCAACGCACUUGCCAGCCUACCAGCCACUAUUGGAAAGCUGGUCAAGCUGGAAGCAUUGAGUGUCGUUGGGAAUCAGCUCACGGCGCUGCCUGACGAGAUUGGCGAUCUCACCAUCAGCGAGCUGAACGUUUCGCGAAAUCAGCUCGCGUCGCUGCCUGCUUCCCUCGCUCGCAACCAGUCGCUCAAAAUCAUCAAGGCGGACGAGAAUUGUCUCGAGGAUGGCAGCAUUCCGCUUGUCGUCUUUGGCGAUUCGUCAAUAUGUUCCGUCACGCUGGAAGGCAAUCCGUUCAACUCGAAAAAGAUUCGUGAAACGCCUGAAUAUGAGCGGUACAUGAAGCGAGUGACACAAACGCAGAUUAAAAAAAUGUAGCAAGUCACUUUUUUUUUGCUUGACUUGUUUUGAAAACAAAGAAUUUCAAUCAAAAUCUCGAG